CUACCAGAAUAAACCAGCUGAAACUAAUAUAAAUAGACCUUCUCUGCAGCUCAACUUCAACAGAGCAAUUAAAAAAUUCUUGAAGCCCUUUCUACCAUAGUUAAGAGUUAACCUUUAAAAUACUCAGAUUUUGCAGCAAUGGACUUGCUGGCAUCUUUGUAUGCUGACAAGCCAGUGGUGAUCUUCAGCAAGAGCACUUGCUGCAUUUGCCAUUCUGUGAAGGCUCUCAUACGCAGCUUCGGUGCCAACCGUACCGAUAUAGAGGUUGAUAAAAUGGAAAAUGGGGAGCAAAUAGAAAGUGCACUGAUUCAGCUGGGUUGUCGCCCGACUGUACCAGCAGUGUUCAUUGGACAACGAUUUAUAGGUGGUGCUGACGAACUCAUAAGGCUCAACGUCCAGAACCAGCUUGCCCAGUUGCUUUUAAGUGCUGGAGCUAUAUUUCUUUGAAGUCCAUAACCAUGCACUGAAAAUCACCUCAGAGGAUCAAACAAAGGAGGCUCUAGUCUUCUUAAAGCUAAUAAUGUUUCUAUUUAGUUCCUAGCCUAGCUAUGAAAACUAUACAUCAGGUUUAGUGACAGAGCUUCUUCUAGUCUGUUCGUACUCUUAAUUCUUCGCUUCUUUUUCUAAUGCACAACUUCAUUCUCAA